GCACAAGGAAAAACAAGAACGAUUCAUUGACAUGAUCAGCCACGAGAUUCGCAAUCCACUCUCCGCUAUUCUACACUGCACCGAAGAUAUCAUAGAAGCUGUGAAGGGCAAGAAAGCAGACCAAGUUCAGACGGAAGAUAUCAUACAGGCGGCGGAGAUCAUAAACUUGUGUAUAUUGCAUCAAAAGAAAGUCGUUGACGAUGUACUCUUGUUCUCCAAACUGGACGCAUCCAUGCUGACCUUAUCACCGCGAAUCGUCCUGCCACGAGCAGAAAUACCAAUUUCACUAAAAAUGUUCCAACCGGAGCUCCGGAACCAGGACAUCCACUUUGAAUACCGACUCGAUCUUUCCUAUAUAGAAUAUGGCAUCGACUGGGUCAUGGCAGAUCUCACCAGGAUCAGCCAGGUGGUUAUCAACCUAUUCUCAAACGCAAUCAAAUUCACCGCCAAAACCAAGGGCAUAAAGAAAAUCGCGCUCUGCAUGGGUGCUUCCCUAGAACGACCACCGUCAUACCCACCGAACAUCGUCUUCUUCCAAUCCGACGAGGCCGCAUUGCGCCUCGACGCAACCAGCGGGCCGGAAUGGGGCACAGGCGAACCGGCAUAUAUCAUGGUCGCUGUCAGUGAUAAUGGGAUUGGGAUCAGCCCCGAGAACCAGAAAAGGCUUUUUGAGCGCUUCAACCAGGCGACUCCCAAAACAGGGGUAGAUUAUGGAGGUUCGGGGUUGGGGCUCAACGUUUGCCGGAAACUUUGCCAUUUGCACGGAGGGGAAAUUGGUGUCAGCUCCAAGGAAGGGGAUGGCAGUACUUUUGGAUUUUUCUUCAAGGUCCUUCGAAGUUCGCGAGCAUCCCACGACGAAAAGGUAUCGCAGGAGGGUGAGUCGGGAAUGGAAAAGCUGCGCAAUCGAUUCGAAUCACUUGGCCAUGAAGAUCAGGAUGCGAAUUCCGAUUCCGAUUCCGAUUCCAAGUUCGAGAUCUCAGAUAAGCCUAUCGUGACUCCUUCAUCGGAGGUGAUGCCAAGCGCCACAGACGAUGAAAGAACACAAAAUACGGCCAAGAUCGCAGAGACUGACAGUGACCGGGAUGCAAGGCGACAAAAAGCUGCCGAAGGUGAUUUAUCUAAUGGAGACAAACCAGAGACAGAAUCUCCUGGACCAUCCCAAGGGGAACCUGAAAAAACACGUAUCCUGCUAGUCGAAGAUAACAUCAUCAACCAGCGCAUCAUCUCCCGCAAGUUAAAAUCCCUUGGCUUUAAAGUUUCAGAAGCCAGCGAUGGCCGUGAGGCCGUUAAGGCAGCUCAGACAGGUGGAUUCAACUGCAUUCUUAUGGACAAAGAGAUGCCUGUUAUGGAUGGAAAUGCAGCAGCGAGAGCUAUUCGACAAUCUGAACAUAAAAGUAUUGCAUCCGUCUCGAUCAUUGGUAUCACAGCAAAUGUUAGGCAGGAGCAGGAGAAUGAGAUGAAGCAAGCGGGAAUGGACUGUGUGAUCCAUAAGCCGUAUAAAAUGGAAGAGCUUGUGGAAAGAAUCAAUCAAGCAACCAGAAAAGAGGCAUAAUCAACAAGGACCCUUUGAUAUAUUGUCCUAUCACCAGUAUCCUAAAUAAUUAAUCAAUGAGCCUGAAGAUACAAUGUUGGCAUCCUGGGCUGUAGGAAUCCAGACAUCGAACUGGAUUGUUGUAUUCUAGGUGUAGUUAUAGUUAGCUGUUAGAUAUUUGAAGUUUGCCUGAUAAUCUGUACAAAUGAUAAGUAUAUUUCAGGAAUCAGUAGAUAUCUAGACCUGAUGCCCAUUUAAUAGCAGCUGAGAGCAGAGCAUGAAGGAACAAAUCUAUGCGCUGAUUCCGCCGAUCCGGAAUGUUCUCCGUUCCGCUAGUUCUUCCAACUGAUAUCACUUCCAACUACCAAACUACAACAACUACUUCAACAACUCCCAAAAUGGCAUCCAACAACUCCCUUUACGGCAACCCUCCCCAGAAACACCC